AAAAUGAAAGUUAUCAAUACGUUAGAUGCAAAUAUAUUAAAUAUUAGAUAGAUAUCGAUGCGAUAUAGAUAUGUAUUUACAAAUUGAUAUAUCAUACGCAGGUAAUGUUCGGUUUAUCCCUGUUUAUUUCUCAAUCAACUGUAAUCGAUAUUGUCAGAAAGUCAAAAGUAGGAGUAAAAUGGCUGUUGGAACUGUUGAAAGUUUGGAAGUGCGAAGAACGGCAGCAGUAAGAAUUAAAACAGUAUUUACGAUGUAUGUAGUAGUAGUAUAGAAUGACGGAAUAACUCGUACUAUAGAUGUACUCAAAUAAGCGAAGGGGCAAGCAAUGAUGAGGACUGACAGUCGUAUUCGCGUAUGGUCACAUACAUGUAUGUCUUCGUUUUAUAAGUGACGUCAUCUUGUUCCUGCGAUAGGAACUUCUCCUGGUGACGCUGGCAACGAUAUCAGUCAAGAAGGGGUAGAGUGAUCGGAUCAUAGCCUUACAGAGGGAAAGGACGGAAAAAGACCACAGAAUGGUCGGUAGAUCAGUGGGGAGAGGUACAAGCACUCUUUCAAAGCGGACACGUAUGUACGUGAAAGUAACUCUUACUAUUCAGCGGCGAUCGGGAACUUGUUGGUGCUUUAUGGUGUCGGCAGUCUGGUUGUUUGUAUCGAAUUUAAAAUACGGUGCGCAUAAUUGCCUAUUACUGUUGUGUAUUUUGCUCGUUAUUUCAGGAGACGUACAAACAAUAAAGUGAAAAACAUAAGAAUAAGGAAGGGUGAUGCACAAUCGUAUAUGACAUAGAGUUUGUCUAUGUUUCAAUUCAUAUCGAACUUAUAUAUCUAGGAAGAAGAGAAGAACGGAUAGAUCAUCGAACUUGGAAGAAAACGGAACAGGUGUCAUACGCAACAUUCGGUGCGAAGUGCGCGUAAUCAUCGAGAUUCAGAAGAAUUAAAUAAUGGUUCUGAUUUUGUCUGUGGAACAGUUGCGCACAUAUAAAUACAACAAAUUGACACGGUCUUUUGUCUUUAUUUUUUAAGUCGUUUCUAAGAGACAUAGUAUACCGCGCACACCGACAUAUACAUUUUGUUUCAUUUUUAAUACGUUUAUUUUUUAUACGUUUUUUUCGUUCGCUUCUCUCGGAAAAUCUCUAUCUGUCAGUGCACAGAAAUGAGAUAUUGAUUAUACUAAUUACUCAUUUACCGUGUGUGUGUGUGUGUGUCUUCAUCAAGGGAAUGUCAAUAUUCGUAAUGAUAACGGUCGUGUAUAUUUCGAUCAAGGUGAACGAAUAUUAAAAGUAGAGCGAAACCAACAGAACAAGUAAUGAUUUUGCUACAAAGAGAAAAAUGAGAAAAGUAUAGGAUUCGCUUAAGUUUAUCAUCUCAUCUUAUCCUUGGUGCGUAUACGGUGAUCAAAGUGUUAUAUCGAAGAGGAUCGGGAAUAAACUCCGCUGUGAUCACUCUGAACAUUCGUUAUGAUAACGAAUUGUUAUGAAACAAUUUAAAAUUGGUAAUGGCGAAAGAAAAAUCUUUUCGUGUUUGUUGCAACUUGUAAUAGUUGUGUUUUCUUUGCCGAGUGUUUCGUGAUUUGUGCUUCGAUCAAAUUGGUUUUGUUCCAGUCGAAAAGAACAUUUACAUUCUCGCGUAUAUAUCUUCACUUAGAAACAUUAUCGUUGGUGAAUUUACUUAUUGCUUUGUACAUAUAUAUAUAUAUAAGCGUUGAGAAUGAAUGGAUGUUCGGCUUAAAAAGAAGAAGAAGAAGAACUUGCAUGCGAACAACUAACCGAACAUUAAGUGAUCUUCGUCGGGAGUGCCGUGGGUACGUGAAUUUUUAAAAUCGCGUAUUUUUCUUCGUUCCGUUCUUUAUCUCUGCCGUUCUCUCUUUCUUUUUCUUCUGUUUCUUCUUCUUCUUCUGCUUCUUCUAUUUCUUUUCUUCUUCUUUUCUUUCUCCUUUCCCUUUUAUACUUCCUCGCCAUUGACAUUGCCGUUAAAAAUAUCCAUUCACUCCCAUAUCUUUCAUAUUCCUUUCAUUCUCUGCGAUUGUUCGAUCAUGAGAGAAGCUGUAGUACUUGCCACAUGUUUAUUGGGUAUCGUGUUUGCUGGAAGUCCUAGACUACCCAGGACCUCUGCCGAUGAACGUAAUACCCGUAACGUUAGUAACAAUGGAGGCAACGUCACUGGAAACACGAUACCGAUACCUAGCCGCAAUUCUCAACGAAAUAGAGAGCAAUACCUCUUUAACGUUUUCGAGGUUAUAGUUUCGACUUUGGAAUCAAAAUUACAGCGCAUUGAAAAUUUGGACAAAGCGGUGGAACACUUGAUGAGAAGAGUGGAAGCUUUGGAUUCACGCGUGAAUGAUAAUAUCGAUAAAACCGAUGCAGUUAUUACAAAGCUACGAACAUUAGAUCUAAAACUUUUCAAUUCUCAUCAAAUUGAAUUUUCUUCAACUGAAUCUGCAUACUCGACAAGAAGGAGCGAUGAUAAAAACGACAGUGAAAUCAGAAGCGGUUCGAAAUUACAAGCAAUCCAUCAGAAGCGAGAAAAUCCAUCAACAUCCGAUUUCACUCUUGGUGAAAAAUUAUUGUCACUUGAUCAAAAAGUAUCGGAUAUAGAUAAUAAAUUGAUCGAUUUGAAACAUCAAUUGGAUAAUAACUUGUUACAAAAUGACGACAUAAAUGCCGAAGCCAGCGAAAAAAAGCCAGUCAGUAUGAGCGUAAUCGAAAUCACUAAAGCGAUGAGUAACGAAGUAAUAAAUCACAUUACGAUCGAGAUAGAAAAUUUAAGGCAAGCGACCAACAAUAUGGACAGAAAGUUACAGUUUCACGUAAACUUGGUUUCCGAUCGUUUGGGAACUAUUUACAACAUGAUGAGUGACGUGCACGAUGCGAUAUUAGUGAGAGGAAGUACGAACGGUCGACCGGCGUUCAACGUUACAACAACAACAACAACUACCGAGCCACCACCACCAAGGCAGAGUAAAAUCGAUCGACUCGUCGAACAAAUAUAUCCAAUGUUGACUGUAUCGGAGAAAAUGGACGAAGUCUGGAACGUCGUGGUUGGCACGAAAAGUUCCGUGGACGAUCUCUUGCCAAAAUCCGAUGAAUUACUUACACAAACGCAAAGACAAGAAAGAGCGAUCAGUGAAAUUCAUGCGGAUUUAAGAUCGAAAACGAAUAAGAUUAUCGAAAAUUUAGAAGGAGUGGAGAACAGACUUCGAAAGCAGGAGGAUGAUGUAGCCAGCCUUGCUCAGCGUCCAAUACCUGCGGAAUUGCUGCUGGAUCCCACGAUCGAUCGCCUUGUCGAAUACGACUCCAAUAGAUACGUUGGACUCUCUGAUGACAUUGCAGUUGACACAACCGUUUCACCGGUCAAUCCGACUACCAUCGUUUCGUCUGUGUCGAUGUCCAUGUCUUCCUCGACCUCGUCGAACGCUGUAUCGAUCAAUAAUUUCAUUAAUUCAAGCAAUAUAGCUGGUUCCACUAAUUUCUCCAACUCGACAGCCAGUCCUUCGAUAGGCCCCCCAUUAUCCCCGAGUUCGCAGCGAUCAUCGUCUAAAAAUCGUGGUGUUAUAUUUCCAAGUGUCAAAAACAAACCAAGUCCAGCAAAUUCGACCUUUACCACCGAUGCAUUCCUUAAUUACAAAGAUGUUAAGGGCUAUUCAUGUGUUGAUUUGUUAAAUGCUGGCAUGAGAGAUAGCGGUGUCUAUUACCUUCAAAUUCGUGGAACAACCUAUUGGUUUCUCAAGGUUUAUUGCGAGCAGGAUAUCGCCGAAGGAGGUUGGACGGUUAUUCAAAGAAGAGACGAUUUCGGCGAGCCAAGAGAAAAUUUCAAUCGCGAUUGGGCUGAUUAUAAAAACGGUUUCGGUGAUCCUGCUCGAGAGUUUUGGCUUGGCAACGAAAACAUAUACAUGUUAACUAACAACGAAGAUUACAUGCUUCGGGUGGAACUCGAAGAUUUCGAAGGUAACAAAAGGUACGCACAGUACUCUCACUUCAAAAUCUAUUCAGAAGGAGAAUAUUAUAAAUUGGAGAUUGACGGUUACGACGGAAAUGCCGGUGACUCAUUAAACGAUCCAUGGUACGGUUCGAACAAUAGUCCGUUUUCCACGUACAACAGGGACAACGAUAGGUCAUCGUUGAACUGCGCUUCCAUGCUAAAAGGCGGCUGGUGGUGGAAAUCGUGCGGACGAGGAUUAAACGGUCUUUAUUUGAACGAUCCUCAGGAUUUAACCGCUCGACAAGGUAUCGUAUGGUUCCGUUGGAGAGGUUGGGAUUAUACUUUGAAACGUGCCACGAUGAUGAUUAAACCAAAAGGACCAACAACAGCAAUGAUAUAGACGAUUAUAACGAUAUAACAACAACAACAACAACAACAACAACAACAACAACAACAACAACAACAACAACAGAAAAAUGUUUUCUAGAAGACGCUACGUCCGUAAUGCUCGGUACGAUAACGGAUGGCGUCGUUUAUCAGUUACCAAAUAUACAUAUACACGUGUAAGGAUGUUUGGAAAUGUCGAAUGAGAAAAUAAUCUUUUACCGAUUAUAUGUUCUCCAUUUUUUUUAUUAAAUACAUUUUUGUUUCUUACUUGCUUCGAUCCCGUUCUAAUCAAUAAUUGAAAACGUACAAAACGAUUCGUGUAAAUUUUCCUUAAACUGAAGAAAUUAAAAAUAUAUGCGCAUUAUAUAUGUAUAUGUGAAGAAUGGGCGAUAUAAAGAACGAACUCCCUAUGA